AUGAUAUGUCAAUCUCCUGAAGGAGACAAGUAUGAGUAUGCCAUGAGAUUCAAUUUCCAAACAUCCAACAACGAGGCCGAAUACGAAGCUUUAUUAGCCGGCAUAAAAAUGUGCAAAGCUGCUGGAGCUCAAGAAAUACUUGCCUUCUCUGACUCUCAAUUCAUUGUGAGUCAAGUAAAUGGGGACUAUGAGGCCAGAGACCCUAACAUGAUCAAAUAUAUGCAAGCUGUGCAUCAAGAAAUAGAACAUCUAAAGAUAUUUGAAGCUAAGCAGAUUCCCAGAACGGAGAACAAUCAGGACGAUGCCCUGUCAAAACUAGCUAGCUCGGCUUCCUGUGAUACACCGCGUCACGUGUUCUGGGAAGUAAAAGAUAAGCGAAGUAUUGAGCAGGAAUUGUGCGCUCCUAUGGUAGCUAUUCUGGAUCAGUCGUCAACCUGGAUGGACCCUAUCAUUGCUUACAAAGUGGAAGGUUCGCUUCCGGACGACUCAAGUCUGGCCGCCAAAAUACAAAAGAAGAGUUCUUGGUUUGAAUUGUGGAAUGGAGUUUUGUACAAGAAGUCAUUUUCUAGACCCCUCCUGCGGUGUGUCACUCCUGAGAAAGGGAAAGAAAUUCUAGAUGAUUUGCACCAGGGAUUAUGUAGCUCCCACAUUGGAGGACGAGCCUUGGCAGAGAAAGCCUUGCGAACUGGUUAUUACUGGCCCACUUUGAGAGAAGACGCCCUAGCCAUGGUGCAAAAAUGUGACAAGUGCCAACGGUUUGCUCAUCUCAUCCACAGGCCGACCCACCCUCUCACUCCUAUUAUGAGUCCCAUUCCAUAUGCCAAGUGCGGAAUGGACCUGUUAGGGCCAUAUACAGCGGCCCCUGGGGGCCGGCGCUAUGUGAUAGUGGUUGUUGAUUACUUUACCAAGUGGGUUGAAGCAGAGGCUCUCAAGAACAUAAAGACAAGUGAUACGCCUAAGCUGAAAGAGUGGUUAGCAGACCACGGCAUACACAGCUGCUUUGCCUCUGUGGGACGACCUCAAGCCAAUGGCCAAGUCGAACCUUUUAACAAGAUUAUCUCCGAGGGGAUCAAGAAGAAACUAGAUGAAGCCAAGGGUCUAUGGGCCGAUGAGCUGCCAAACGUCUUAUGGUCCAUCCGCACCACGGCUAAGAACUCAACCGGCGAAACCCGAUUCCUGCUAGCCUAUGGAGCUGAGGCCGUGUUGCCCAUAGAAAUGUGUGAACCUACAUUAAGGGUCAUGUUAUAUGACGAGAAUGCCAAUUGA